CGAUACAUAUAGACUUAGUAUUACAGCCUAAAUUAAUUCGUCUGAUUUAAAAGAAGAAAUAAUUUCUGUGAAUGAAAUGGAGACGGAGUCUUUUGUUGAAGUAUCUUGACGGAUUUCCUUUGAUUUUGGAUACAAAGAAUCGUGCAUCGUGACGUUGGAAUUAAUUAUGCAUGCAACCAAAAAUUUUCCUUAAUUCAAUUGGAAAAAAUAAUCACGUAUCAGUAAUUAAUUCUUCAUAAAGGAGUGAAAGAAACCUUAAGAUGACUUCUGUAAGCUGUGUCCAGUUUCUGACACUACUGGUCAUCUGUUCCACACUGUGUGUUUACGUUGCCGGACAAGACUUCUUCUCGACAGACUUCUCUAGGAAGAAAGGGCCAACGUUUGUUACAAUGCAUUGCCUUUAUUGCGAACCCAAGACUUGUGACAAUACAACCGGAGAUUGUGGAAAAUGUCUAACGGGAUUCUACGGACAGAAGUGUGAACACACAUGUCCAAACACAUGCUCGACAUGUGAAAAAUCAAAUGGGAGGUGCUUGUCGUGUAUUGAUGGGUGGUUUGGCGAAAAUUGCAAUUUUGAAUGCGUCCAUUGUUAUUCUUGUCAAAAAGAAUCGGGAGCUUGCUUGACUUGCCAGCCGAACUACUGGGGUCCAAUGUGCCAGAAUGAAUGCGAGUAUAACUGUCACGUGUGCAGCAUAGAGAAUGGUCAAUGUAUUCACUGCGCUCAGGGAUACUUUGGAGAAAACUGUGCGAGACAAUGCGGCCACUGCCGUCGUGGAUUUUGUGACCAGGCCACUGGAACCUGCCAAUUUGGUUGCAAUGAUGGAUUUUACGGAGAAUCCUGUGAAAAGCCGUGUCCUCAAAAUUGUAUGGUUUGUAACCAAACUGAUGGCGAGUGUCUGAUGUGUCGGGAGAUGAUGUGGGGAAGUCAGUGCGAUUACUCCUGUCCCCCGCACUGCGCAUUCUGUCAUGUUUCAACCGGGAAAUGUUUAGAGUGUGUUGAGGGGUUUCAUGGUGAGAACUGCGAGGAUCCAUGUGGUCACUGUGUUGGUGGAAUGUGUACCAAGGACACUGGGUACUGUGACUACGGCUGUGAAGACGGGUGGUUUGGAGGACGUUGUAACCUACAAUGCUUUCAAAACUGUUCCAAAUGCAGCUCAAAAGACGAGUGUUUGAUGUGUAAAUCAGGGUUAGCGGGGAGUAGAUGCGAUAUGAAAUGUCCAGAAAUAUGCAGCUCUUGUUCCCAAGACAUGAUAUCAGAUGAAAUCGUCUGUAGCGAAUGCGCUGCUGGAUACAGUCAGCCUCAGAAAAACUGUUCUUGUACAAUGUCAAAAUGUACUAAUGUGGAGGAAACUUUAGGGUUUCGCGUUUGCGAGAAAUGCGAAGCUAAUACGGGAUGGUAUUUGUCGCAGGGCUCAUGUUGCCCAUGUAAACACUGCGCAGGGGGGAAUCAAUUUUGCUCAAGCAAUGGAACAUGCCUAAAUGGAUGUGAACCUCACUAUUAUCCAAAAGAACAAGGAUGCGAUGUUUUCUGCGAUAUAGAUCAUUGCGUAUGGUGCGAGCCAUUUUUCGGUUACGGUAAAGUUUGUGUGGGAUGUGAAAGUGGCUAUUAUCUCGAUACGGACGGCCAAUGUAAUUCAUGCAGUGAACAUUGCAAAGGAGGGUCCACAAAAUGCCAUCCAACAACAGGAGUCUGUAUAGAUGAAUGUGAAGAUGGGUGGUUUGGAGAUAAAUGCGAUACAACUUGUCAUGAAAAGUACUGUGCAGUGUGUGACGAUAUUGAAAAAACCUGCCAUCAAUGUAGAGAGGGCUUUUAUGGUGAACACUGUACUAAGAAUUGUCUGAAAAACUGUACGAAAUGCUCGAAAGAAACAGGAUCUUGUUUGGAGUGUGUCAGAGGAAGAUAUGCAGAGGACUGCUCGAAAAUGUGUCUGAACUGUUUAAAGGAUGACUGCCAAGUUACUGGAGAGUGUUUGUUUGGUUGCAAAGAAGGGUGGUUUGGUAGUCAUUGUGACCAGAGAUGCCCUGAGGGGUGCUCAAAAUGCAGCAAUUCAGACUCAUGUGAAGAGUGCUUCAUUCAGGAGACACUUCUCAAUGGGAAAUGUUAUAGUUCUUGUAGUAAAUGUUUUCAUGGGAUGUGUUCUUCUGAUGGCAAAUGUAAGCAAGGAUGUGUUGACGGAUGGCACGGAACAAAGUGUGAUCUUCCAUGCCCUGCAGAAUGUUCAAAAUGUAACUCUAGCGAUUCCUGUGAUGCAUGUCUACAUGGGUUUGAACUAGAAGGUAGCAAAUGUAUAUCUACGUGCAAGAACUGCAAGGAUCAGAUAUGUUCAGCUGAUGGGGUCUGUGACAAUGGUUGCAAAGCAGGCUGGGUCGGUUCAAAAUGUAUAGAAAAAUGUGUAGAACACUGUGUAUCAUGUGCAGAUGGUCUCAAUUGCGACCAAUGUGUAAGUGGGUAUCAGUUGUUGGAAAAUAGAUGUGUCGCGGGAUGUAGUUUUUGUCUUCAGGAUAAAUGUGACUUGGCCACCGGAAACUGCCAUUUCGGUUGCAAAGAAGGACAUUAUGGACCCCAGUGUAUUGAAUUAUGUCCAAAAGGGUGUCGCACAUGCGAUUCAAUGGAAACGUGCACGUCAUGCUCUCUUGGCUUUCAUAUGGUUAACUUCCAGUGCGUACCCUUAUGUGAAAAUUGCUAUUCUUGCCAACGGGACGUAAAAACUGACGUUUAUUUAUGUAACAUUUGUAAAGAAGGUUACUAUGCCAAAAAUGGCGUGUGUCAAAAGUGUAGCAGUACAUGCAAAAACAGUGCGUGUGAAAGAACUACUGCUCAGUGUCUGGAAGGUUGCAUAGAUGGAUGGACAGGGUUGCUGUGCAAUAUCCCGGAGGAUGGGACGAAGCUCCCAGUCACGGCGUGCGAGGGUUCGUGUUUGACAUGUAACGCGGACACAAGACAAUGCAGCUCAUGUAUCGCCGGAAUGUGGGGGAAAAGUUGUGAACAAAAGUGUCCCUCUCAUUGUAGUGUAUGUGAUCAGCAGACUGGACAGUGCAUGGUAGUGUGCAGUAAGUACUGUCAGAAGAGCGUAAACAUGGUUUCCUGUAACAACGUGACAGGUGCUUGUUUACAGGGCUGUCAGGACGGUUGGUAUGGAGAUCAAUGCCAAAACAUGUGCGCGCAAAACUGUAUAGAUAAAGAGUGUGAUCGGACAACUGGACAUUGUACCAAAGGUUGUUCGCCGGGUUGGAAAGGAUUCACAUGCAGUGAGGCGAACAAAAUGCCUGCUGUUCCCAGUGUGGCUAUGAUUGCUGUUGCGGUUGUUGCAGCUAUAGUCGUGGUUGCUAUAAUCAUAUCAACGUUUGUUUUCUGCAGAUUCCGAAAGAAGCGACUUGACGAGAAGGAACAUUCAUAUACAAACGUUACAUAUUCAAGCAAUGCCCCGUCACAGUACACAAAUAAUGGAUUUAUGCUGGAUUCUGUGAUGUGAUUGUCGUGUUCGCUAACAUUUUAUUGACUUAGGGGCCAGUCUUGUCAGAGUUCUGUCCCUUGUUAUAGUUUGCCCUGCUUUUAUGUGAUGAUUUAUGACGUAAGGGGCCAAUAUUUCCCUUUUACACAUCAUAUAACAUGUACACCCGUUUCUGCUGACAAUAGUGAGAGGUCUGAUAUUUGAGCAUUAAAUCUAUACCUUGAUAUAAAAGUUAUAAAUUCGAUGGGCAGACCGUAGUAUGCUGAUGUGCAAACAUUAUUGAAGAGUUAGGUUUUGAAGUUUCGCCUUUGUCCUUGUACGUUUUAAAGUUUAAGUCGAAUUAUCACUUUCAAAAGCAUGAGAAAUGGCUCGCAAUGAAGAUAGUGGGUCAAAUACAACUGUACAGCAGUCACAUAUACCGGUAUGUUAUGGUUCUGCAUUUGGCAGAAAUGGAUGUACUGGCAUUAAUCAUUGCCUGUUCUCUGUAUGUCGUCCCAAUUUUCGUUUUCAGUUCAUAGUUUUUAUAUAAAAAAAACCCACAAGAAGCUUGUGCUUAUUGCCUAUUACCUAGAAAUAACACAGUCUACGGCCAUUUGAAGCUAGGUUUGGCUUAAUAGUUUAUUAGGUACAUGUAUUUAGUAGUGAUCAGCUCAUGGCCUUUUUGAUGAAUAAACAUAAUGACCCAAAGUAUAUUUUUUUUUUACAGCUCAAACUUGUAGAACUUGUUUAACUUGUUUGCAGGCACAUAAUUUCUAGCCCGCGUCAACAAUCCCAUCAUUACACAAGCUCUCGAUGUUUCAUUAAAAAGUCAAACGGAUGCAAACUUAGUACCAGCCCACCAGGUCGAAAAAAAAAUUGUGCUUGUGUGGUAUAACAAUAAAACAUUCCAAUUCAAUU